UAAUUCGUUUUCUCCUAAGGUAUAUUUGCAAUGACUGUUUAGGGCCACCGUAGUGGCAAUCUUCGCGGCGGCGCGCCACCGUAAAAAUAGUGCCUAGCCGAAAAUCCGGCCCGAUUUUCGUGCCAAGAUCAGCCUGGUAACAGGAUUUCAUUCACAGCUGAGUGCGGAAGCAGCAAGAUACAACAUGAGUCAGGGUCUUUGCUAGAUAGGUUAUCGAAUAUCGGUUACAUCGAUCGAGGUCUACCUCCAUGGAUCGCACCACAGAGCAAUGAGAGCAUCUAGAAUCCAAAAAAAAAAUUAUUUUACUUUCUAGGUGAGGUCACCUUGAUAGAAGAUAGGAAUUCAAGUUUGAACCAAGAAGAUCUAUUCAUAGUUGAACCACGUACCAGGUCUACACUUUGCCUGCCACAAUGAAGUUUGUCACCACACGAGGGCAGGCUAGGGAGUAUAGCUUUGAGGAGGCGCUCUUCUCUCCAGGCUACAUGUCCGACGGUGGAUUGCUCAUGCCUAAGACCAUUCCACAGAUCUCAUCAGAUCUCUUGAAGUCCUGGUCAACUCUUUCUUUGCCUCAACUGUGCAAGGAAAUUUUGCCGCUCUUCAUUGAUGAGGAAGAAAUUAGCAGAGGGGAUUUGGGAGCUGUGAUUGACAAGGCUUACUCCCGUCUCCCCGUGGAGUCUGUGGCUGCUCUGUCCUCCUUCCAAGACGGUCUUAAUGUCUUAGAGAUGGGUAACACCAAGACAUUGGCUUUCAAGGACCUGUCCACAUUCGUUAUGGCGCGUCUGCUGGAUUAUUUCUUUAAGAAAAGAGAAGAGCAUGUGACCAUUGUAGUUGGAACGUCUGGGGACACUGGCCCUUCAUCUAUCGAAGCCGUCCGUGGAUCACAAUGGAUGGACAUUGUGGUGUUAUUCCCCAAAGGAUACUGCACUCAGGUACAGGAGCUCCAGAUGACUACCGUGUUGGACGACAAUGUUCACGUCUUUGCAGGGGAAGGUUCCUCAGAUGACAUAGAUGUUCCAGUCAAAGCCGUUUGCCUGGACCAAGACUUCAAAUCACUUCACAAUCUCUGCACCAUGAACUCCAUCAACAUGUCCCGCGUCCUCUGUCAGGUCACCGGUUACUUUUACGGUUACCUCAAAGUCUGUCAGAACAUUGGAGAUGAGGUGGAGAUUGUGGUUCCAACUGGUGCAGCUGGACACGUCACUGGUGGAUGCAUUGCAUAUCACAUGGGUCUACCCAUCAAGCUAGUGUGUGCAGUCAACAGCAAUGACUUCAUACAUCGUAUGCUGACUACCGGUGAACUAGCCCGGGCCCCAGAAGUCAUCAAAACCCACUCUGUCGCCAUGGAUAUCCAGAAUCCAUAUAACAUGGAGCGCAUCUUCUCAUUGUUUUCAAACCGCGAUACGGCCUUGGUCAAGAAAGUGAUGGAUGAAUAUGAGUCUGGAGUCAAGACUACACUUCCAGCAACUUUGCUACAGAAGAUGCAGACCGUUCUGUCCUCGGCUUCGUAUGGCGAUGACGUCAUCGUGAAGACAAUGCAGCGAUGUUGGCAUGACCACCGCUACCUUAUCUGUCCUCAUACAGCCGUGGCCGUCAGUUAUUACUUCAGCAAGCUGGACCGUAUGGCGCCCAAUCAGACUCCUCACCAGACAACUGUAUGUUUUUCCUCUGCUCAUCCGGCCAAGUUCCCUGAGGCUCUGUUAGCGGCUGGUUUGGAGCCUAAGCCCACACCUUACAUCAACAACCUGCACACCAUGCCGACGCAUUACACGGAGAUGAAACAAGGACAAAACUGGGAGAAAAUGCUGAGGGACAGGAUUAUUGAGAUUGGUAAACGAAAUGGAAUCGGUCAGUAAAAUUGGAUGGAUUAUUGAGUUUAUCAGAUUUAAGCAAACACCUUUUUUUUUGAAUGUCAGUGCUAACAAUUCAGGCAAUUCACAAUUUAGUGCGCCACCAAGAGUUUGCCAUGGAGAGUCCAUUUUUCAAGGUUACAGUCGACAAAACACGGCCCAUUUGAGUGAGUGUCAGUAGACAACUUGAGCUAAUUGGUUAUAGAUUGAGACAUAUCGUUCUGCCGCCUUACAAAAAACAGACCAUAUUGAUAAAAAGGAAAGAAAAGGGCAAACAUAUUUUCGAAUCAUACGCUUACGAAAGUACUGACCGGAAAAACUAACAUUUUGAAAUGUUCCGCGCUGCGAAUUUGUCGACCAUCUCCCACAAUGCACUGGUAAAAAUUAUCUCUCUGUGUCAAACUCUUGGUGGCGCACUGCAUUGUGAAUCGCCCGAAUUGUUUAAAUGGUGCAAUUCAAUAAUUUAAGACAGCCAUAACUUGUACAGGGAGAUGCUAAUUUCAAUACUGGACUUUGCCUUUCAUCAAUGUACUAUGAAAUGUUAUAAGCUGUCUCAAAAUACAAUAUACAGUAAUUAAACUCCGGCUAAGACGGCACUCUCGGGAUGAGAGAAUUUGUGACGACUUACGCGAAUGUCGGCUUCUGCUGCAAGUCGUCAUUUUGCCGACCUACACAAAUACACAAAUUGAAUCACAGAGUGA